CCACUCCUUCCCCAUUGAUAACACUCACACUCUUAGUGCACCCUUCCAUAGACUCCUCCAGUGGUGUUGUCCAACUUGUCAUCUGGAAUUUUGGAAUGCCAAAUAGUUUCAGCUUCAACGCUUGUGAAGAUUAUUGAUGCUUGGACACCCUUGAAUUAAGAACCAUCCGGCAACACUGAGCUAAUGAGAUGAGGCACUCCAGUGUAAUUUCUGUAAUUUUUUUGCUGCACUGCCUGGCUACUUUACAAAGCGUGCUGGGCAAAACUAACAAAACGGCCAGCAAGAAAGCAGAGCCUCCAACCUUUGAACGUUCAAGGCAGUUUACAAACAAACACAAACAUGUGUGCACUUUGGAGAUUGUUGGUGACGCAACUGUAAGUCUUUCAUUAAGUUGUAAUGAGCCAACCGGCAGCAGCUACAACUGCACGUAUGAAGGGGAACCCCAGAGAUGCCCUUUGUAUGCUACAAAAGCCAAGCAGUACUGGAAACAGAUACUGGGGAAAAUAAAAAAAAUGGAGAAUACUUGCGAAGACAAAACCAUAAAAUCGCGCUUGUGUAGAAAAUCUGAAGCUGUGCAGUCCCAGUUGAGGAAAAUCGAAAGUGAUGUUACUGCAGAACUGGAAAAAAGUCAAAUUAAAGGGAAGGGUCGUGUGAAAGAAACUAGUAGGGGGCUGAAAGAAAGUCCACUUAACCCAGAAACCAAUGAAAAUGCUGGUGCUGAAAAGAAAUCUGCUGCCAAAAAGAAGAAGCAUGACUCAAAAUCCCAUCGAAACCCACACCCAUCCGCUUUACCAUCACUGCCUGACCUCACUACAGCCAGAGAGGUUAAUGAUGAUAUUAUAGAGCAGAAUGAGAAUCUGGCAGAUACCUACUGUGCAGAGAAGUGGCAUUCAUUGUGCUCUUUACUUGUUAAUUUCUGGAAUGGCUAAAUCAAAGCUGGACGUGUGGCAGAAAUGUGGCACUGCUGAGCUAUUUAAUUCAAGGCUAAAGCACAGAAAUUCCCAACUAAUUCCUUUGGACUUCUUAAUACCUAACAUAACUGACAAAUCCCCCAAUACAUAAAAAUACAAGUGUAGACUUGUCUGUAUUCACAAUAACUAUUGCAUGCAGACCUGAUUUAGCUUAUUUUGUACUUUUUAUACUGUAACUAGUAGGUCAUUGUGCUGUAUUGUAUUUUCUUUAAAAAAUAGCCCUGUGUGAU